AUGAAAUGUGAAACUGUAAUGAUAUUAUGGCAUAAUAAAGAUCCGAUUUAUUCAGUAGAUUUUCAUCCAACAACAAAUAAAUUUUGUACAACAGGUUUCGAUAAUGAAAUUAAAAUAUGGUCCUAUACAAAAGAUAAAGAAGGUCAUUUAUCAAUUGAAUAUUUAUCAAGUUUAACUAAACAUACCAAACCAGUUAAUGUAGCAAGAUUUUCACCAGGUGGUAAUUUAUUAGCAUCAGGUAGUGAUGAUGGUUCAGUUGUAAUUUGGAAAUUAACAUCAAUUAAUAACCCAACCAAUGACAAUACCAAAUUUAAUCCAACUGAUGUUUCAUUUAUGAAGGAAACUUGGUCAAUUGUAUCCAUUUUACGUGUUACUACUGAUGUUUAUGAUUUAUCUUGGUCUUUAGAUGGAUUAUAUUUAACAACUGUUAGUACUGAUAAUAGUAUUUCAAUUUGGAAUCCAUUAACAAAAACACAUCAACAAUUAAUUACUGAACAUAGUCAUUAUGUUCAAGGUGUAUCAUGGGAUCCAUUAAAUGAAUAUAUGAUAACUCAAAGUUCAGAUGGUACAUGUAGAAUUUAUAGAAAUGAAAAGAAAAAAAAACAAAAAUCCCAGACUUUACAAUCAACAGUAAAUACCCCUACAACAAUAACUGAUACAACAAACAACAAUAAUGAAGACAACAUAAAUGAUAAAGAAGAAAAUAAUAAAAAAGAUAAUAACCCAACUACUACAACAGUACCAACACCAAUUCAAUCACAGCAAAGUGAUAUUCAGCCUGAACGUAGAAAGAAAUUACAUUUAACAAUUGCAAAUGUUUUAACAAGAAGAUAUUACAAUAAAGAUCAAACAAACAUCAAUAGUAAUGAUGACGAAGAGGAAACCAAAAUAACAACAAAGAAAUCAAAUAAUAGAAUGGAUAUCGAUGGCGAACCAGAUGAAACUACAAAAUCAUUAAAGGAUGAAAGUUUAGUAGCACACAGAAUGUAUUAUGACGAAAGAGCAUCAACUUUCUUUAGAAGACCAACCUGGUCCCCAGAUGGCUUAAUGUUUAUUACAACCACAGGUAAAUUUAAAGAAUCACCAACCUCAAAAUACAUUAGCACAUCAUAUAUAUUUUCCAGAUAUAUCAGAGAUCGUCCAAUAGUACAUUUACCAGCAGACUCACCGACUGUUGUUGCUAAAUUCAGUCCAAUCAUUUAUAAAUUAAGAGAACAACAACAACCAGAACAAUAUGAAAAUGAUAAUAUUCAAGAUGUAAAUAGUAAUAGUUUUAAGAAUAGUAGCACUGGAAACAAACUUUUCAAUUUAAAUUAUCGUAUGAUUUAUGCAAUCUCCUCAACUGACUCUGUUAUAAUAUAUGAUACUCAGCAAACUAGAAAACCAAUUGCUGUUGUCUCCAAUUUACACUACUCUGCAAUUACCGAUAUCAGUUGGUCAUCUGAUGGUUUGGUUUUAAUAAUCACCUCGUCCGAUGGUUUUUGUUCCUAUAUUUCUUUCCAACCAAAUGAAUUGGGCGAACCUUUAUCAGAGCAUGAACAAUCAAAUAUAGAGCAAUUUAAAGAAACUUUAAUUUUAAAACAAAGAGCAAUUUUAAAUACAACCAUUUCAAAUGAUUCAAUUGAUACAUUAAACAAUCCUAAUAAUAAAAAGAGAAAAAAUGAAGACUCUAAUGAAAAUGAUGAAUUAAAUGAUACAAAUAAUAAUAACAAUAACCACAGUAAUAAUAAUGAACAAAAUAAAAAACAGAAAUUAGAAAAUGAAUCAUCAACUGAACAAGCAAGCACAUCAUCUUUAAAUAAUAAUAAUAAUAAUAAUAAUAGUAGUAAUAACGAAAGUGGAGCCAAACCAAAAAGAAGGAUCCAACCAAAUUUAAUAAAGAAAUCAUAA